AACAUCCGAUAACAGGAUGCCUGUGGUGUCCACACAAACAACAGCUUUCAUCAUAGAUGAGAACCUCAUUUAGACGCGUUUAUUGUAUCGUGUUCUCGGUGUGUAGAAGAGAUCUACGGCGGAUAUGAGUGUGUGAACUCAUAAAGACACAUUGAAACAGGAGUGAGCGGAUAAUAGUUGUCAACAAGCUAACUGCACUCCAUGAACUUUGGGCAUGCAUUGUUGUCUUACUGCAGUCAUGAUGGCGACUCCAGUCAGUGUUCAGACACUGAGUAAAACAUGGGAGCUGAGUCUGUACGAACUACACCGGACGCCACAGGAGGCGAUGAUGGACAGCACAGAGAUCGCUGUAUCUCCAAGAAGUCUUCACAGCGAGCUCAUGUGUCCUAUCUGUCUGGAUAUGCUGAAAAACACUAUGACAACCAAAGAGUGUCUGCACCGCUUCUGCUCUGAAUGCAUUGUCACUGCGCUCAGAUCAGGGAAUAAAGAAUGUCCGACCUGCAGGAAGAAACUCGUGUCCAAACGUUCUCUGCGUGCUGACCCGAAUUUCGACGCUCUGAUUUCUAAGAUCUAUCCGAGUCGUGACGAGUAUGAAGCUCAUCAGGACAGAGUUCUGGAGCAGCUCAGUCGAUUGCACAAUACGGAGGCACUGAGCAGCAGCAUUGAGCAGGGACUGCGCAUGCAGGCCAAACACAGAGCUCAGCGUGUGCGUAAGCUGCAUCAAGAGGGUGAUAACAUGACCUUCAGUGGUGGCGAGGACAACGGUGACACACGAUCCCAUGUGUCACAUGACUCCGCCCCCUCACACCAUACCUCCGCCCCUGCGAGCUACACCCCUGAGGCUGGUCCCAGUCGCAGUAAGAGGCCACGAGCAUCUGAUGAUUCUGGACCUGAGGCAGAUGGAGAGAGCCGUACGCCUCCGCGAAGUCUGCCAGGUCAUGUGCCGAGUUCUGAAAUAGAGCUAAUAUUCCAGCCGCACCCCCUGCUGGUCAACACACAGCACUACAACCAGACCAGAUUCGUGAAAACAACAGCUAAUGCGACAGUGGACCACUUGUCGAAAUACCUGGCUCUGCGCAUAGCUUUAGAGGAGCGUCAGAGCGACAGGCCGACAGACAGACAGGUGGAAGGAGAGACAGCAGCUGACAGCGGCACUCUUCAUGAUGUCAGUGAGAAACAGUUCACCAUCUACAUCAGCACAGCAGCAGGACACUUCACUACACUAAAUGGAUCUCUGACUCUGGAGCUGGUCAAUGAGAAGUUCUGGAAGGUUCAUAAACCUCUUGAGCUGUACUACGCUCCCACACAUGAGCAGAAACAGCAGCAGAACCAGAGCCCUCAACCAUGAAAUCCAGGAAAGAAGAGGGGGGUAGGGGGGUUAUAAUGUCUUUUAGCAGAGACAGAGCUCUGUGGCUGACACUUGAGAUGUGCAUCUAGUCAUGAUCAGCAUACUCCAUACACACCAAUGUGUUCAUGAUGCAUCAAUGAAAGGAUGCCAUGCACUAAUGGAACCAAAGGACAGUUGACCCUGCUGAAGGAGAGUACCAGACUGGGAUGAUGUAGACAUGGACACCUUCCAUCCUGUCAUGUUUAUAAUGACCCGAUUAGGUCAUCACAUAUAAAACUUCAAUGCUUCGGAAGUGAAAAGAACUUGCAGAUUUAGAUGCUUGCAGUUUUAGCAUGAAUGUUAAAGGGAAACUUGCCUCUAUUUUAUGUCACUAACAUUUUAAUGGUAUUUUACUUUACAACCAGUUCAUAUAUUCACCUUUACCUUGAACUGCUUUCUUGUAUCUUUUUCAUUCUUUAAUAUUGGUGGGCCCAUAUUUAUAGUGGUUUCUGUGGUCUGUCACUUUGGAGUUGAUGAAUCUGGUGUGUGGUUAUUUAUAUGCAAUUAUGAUCCACGGUUAAUUACACGGUUAAUUGCGUGAAAGCCAAGUUCACAUAAAUUGCUUCAUUAACAUAAAAGAUGCACAUUGAAAAGUUUCACCUGAAGGACUGCAUUUCCUAACAGCCAAUUAAUUACAUUGAAUUACUGAAGUAUAGCUGUUCACUGACAUUUUGAAUACACAAGAACAUCUAUAGGCAGAAAUCUUACUGCAGAAUUUAGCAUUUGCCGUCAUGACAAAUUCAUAAAUAUCACAAUUGUUAGCAUGACCAUUAUAGUAAAAUAAACGUAAAUAGAUGCAGCUUCCUACCAGGGUUGCUAUCAUUUAAAUGUAGUUCUUUUCAAUAGUAUGUUUCACUCUGACUGUUGUAAACUAGUUUUUUGUUUUUCAAUAUAUUCAUUUAGUUUUAGUAUUUUAGACCUUUUGUGCACAAUCCACACAAUCCACAAGAUUAAAGUUGAAGCAAAUUGUUUGAACAGAACAUGAAUGCUGGGAAAGUACAAAAAGCACAUAAGGGCCUAUGCAAAGUUCUUUGACACUAAGGUUGGGCAAUACCACUUAUUUAUGUUUCAAUCUGAUACCAAGACCUAUUAAAGCCAAUAUUGCUCAUACAGAUGCGUUUAUUAAGUGAUUUUUUUUUAAUUCUAUUUCUGAAGAUAAAAGAUGCACUUUUAGACAUUUAAUUUACAAGCCAUAACUUUUAUUUAUAGGCCUAAAUUGCAAAUGAUCAAACCUCUAUUUUUGCUUAUCAUUUAUGAACAAUAACAUGCUUUUAACAGAUUUCAAUAAAAAAAACGAAAUGA